AUGGUCCUUCGAGCCGGAGAACAACAGACAGGAACUUCCGUGCUAACAACCACGGGGAAAAACAACACCAAACCUUUAGUGGAUUUCAGAGAGUUCUGGGCACUAGAGCAUAUGGGGAUAACCCAGGAAGAACUGGAAGAUCCCGGAUUUCUAAAAACGUAUCAGAAUACGAUUAAGAGAAAUAUAGACGGAAGAUAUGAAAUCUUAUUUCCGUUUAGAAACAACCGUAGAUCGGUUGAGACGAACAAGAACAUAGCCUCAAUUAGGCUGACAAACCUUCUCAGGAAGAUGACGAAAGAAGAGAAGGUUGAAUACCACAAAAUAUUCGUCCAAUACGAAAAGGAUGGUUACAUAGGAGAAGCAGACAAUAGCUAUGACGGGGUCUGCACCUAUCUACCACAUAGACCAGUCAUUAAAACGGAAGCCAAAACUACGAAAAUUAGACCCGUUUUUGACGGUUCCGCACAUCAGCAGAAUAAACCGAGUAUCAACGACCUGCUAGAAACUGGACCAAACUUAAAUCCAGAGAUCCUGGCAGUAUUGCUACGGUUCCGGCAGAACAAAAUCGCCUGGACGGCAGAUAUAGCGCAAGCAUUCCUACAGAUAGGAAUACAGGAAGAACACGAGCAGCUAAUAAGGUUCCUAUGGAUCGAAGACCCCGAUCAAGAGUCGGCCAGAGUUAAGGAGUACAGAUGGAAACGAGUACCCUUUGGACUGUCAUGUAGCCCCUUCAUUUUAAGGGCUGUGAUUUUGAAAUGCCUAGACGAGCACCAGUCAGCGUUUCCAGAAUUGACAAAGCAAUUGGGACACCAGUUAUACGUAGAUGACUGGUUGGGGGGAGCUGAUAACAUCAGCGAAGCUACCCUACUGAUAAAGCAAGCGAAAGAAGUGUUCCAGUCAGCCAAGAUGGAACUCAGGAAAUGGUCGACAAACAGCAGCGAGUUACAGAAGACUCUAGAACACGUCGUGAAAUUCCAACAGGAUAUUGUCGGGAUGGCAAACACAGACACUCCCAUAAAGGCAUUAGGGGUAACAUGGGAUCCCUUAACAGACAAUCUACAAUUCGAUCCACAGAGAAUGAUGGAAGACGCUCAGAGUCUAAACAAGAGGCCAACGAAAAGGAAGCUAUUUAGUCUCGCACUUAGGGUAUUCGACCCACUAGGACUAAUCUCACCAGUAACGCUGGUAGCAUAA